AUGACCUCCAGGGGCAAGAAAAUAUUAGGUAUGGUACCUAGCUGCUCCAGUGAAACAUCUUUUGAAAAUAAUUUGCAACAGAUUGAAGAAACAAUUGUUCAGGAACCAUUAUUUGAUUCAGACGACUCUGUUAAAGAUGCGGACUACCUUCCAGAUUCAGAUGAUUCUGUUAAAUAUACAGAUUACAUUCCAGAUCCCAGCAGCCCAGAAAAUAGCGAUCCUGGCCAUAGGUUAGCCAUGAACACGGGUACUACGCCAGAGGAAAAUACUUUUCCAGUUACCAACGAUGGCGAGGAAAUACAUCAAAAGAAUUCGUGGAAAAAAAAUGUUCGCAAAAACAAGAAAAAUGCUGGAGAUCCUUAUAUCAACUCAAAAGGACAUCACGUCCCAGGCAGGUUUUUAGGUGAACCAUGCAAUAAUUCUUGUAGGAUUAAGUGUAGUACUCGAAUUAGACAGGAAGAAAGGACUAAUAUUUUUAUAUCAUACUGGAAUCUUUCAAAUAUUGACAGACAGCGAGAUUUCGUUAAUAAUUCAGUUGAGGUUACAGAUUGUAAACGAAGAACAACUGCAACGCCAAAUAACUUAAGAAGAUUCAAAUCCAUGAAAUUUUACCUAAAGAUUAAAGACUCUAGAAUAAAUGUAUGUAGGACAAUGCUGCUUAAUACCCUAGGUAUUAAAAAGGGAUUUCUUAACUUCGCCAUAAAAAAACGCAUUCUACCCAGUAAUAUUACUGAAAAAGAUAAGAGAGGAGGUUAUGGCACUACAAAAAUACCAGAUGCGGCACUAGACUUUUUAAAACAGCAUAUAAAAAAGUUUCCGACAGUCGCUUCUCAUUACUGUAGGAAAGAUUCUAGAAAAAUGUAUUUGGAUCCGAAAUUAAAUAUAAAGCAGAUGUACAGGUUAUACAAAGAGGAAUGUACAAAAGAAAACAAGGAAUACCUAAAAGAAUCUUACUAUCGUCAUAUUUUUAGAACACAUUUUAGCUUAUCAUUCCAUAAGCCCAGAAAGGAUCAAUGUCCAACAUGUACAUCGUAUGAGGCUGCCAAUGCUGAAAGCAAGGCGAGCAUGCUUGAACAAUACAACUUUCACAUAAAAAAUAAAGAGAGGGCCAGAAACGAAAAAAACUUGGACAAGGCUGAAGCGAAAGAAACGCCUGAAAAAAUACAUUCUGCUAACUUUGACUUGCAACAGGUAUUGUAUGUACCCACAGAUCCUACAAACCCCAUCCUUUUUUACAAGACCAAGCUAGCCACAUAUAAUUUUACUAUUUUUAACUGUGGAAACAAUAUUGGUAAAUGUUACAUGUGGUCUGAGGUAGAAGGCUCACGUGGCCCAUGUGAAAUAGCGUCUUGUUUAUUUCAUCACUUAAAAAGCCUUCCUGCUAGUAUCGAAAAUGUAAGGCUAUUUAGCGACACAUGUGGAGGCCAAAAUAAAAACCAAUUUGUGGCUGCCAUGUUUAUUUAUGCAGUGCAAGUUUUACAGAUUAACAUAAUUGAUCAAAAAUUUCUAGUUUCUGGCCACAGUCAGAUGGAAUGUGAUUCUAUGCAUGCAAGAAUCGAAACAGUAGCAAAAAAUGUACCUGUAUAUUUACCCCACGAAUGGGUAUCAAUUGCUCAAAGAGCAAAACAAAAUAAUCCCAAGUACCAAGUUUUUCAGAAAGCUGAUAUCGGCUUCCUUGACUGGAAAACUCUGGCAAAACUAAUUAUGGUAAACCGAAAUAAGGACGCUGAUGGUAAUGUUGUAAACUGGCACCAUAUUAAGUGGAUAAGAUAUGAGAAGGAAUCCCCGUUUGAAAUGAAAAUAAAAACGGACCUCGAUGAAGAUUUUCGCAGCAUUAUGAUUCUCCCACGUAGAGGACGGCGAGUUACAGUUGGUUCGAUGGAAGCUUGUCUCAAACCAUUACACACAGAAAAGAAACCAAUUUCUGCAUUGAAGUUGAAGCAUUUAAAAGAGAUUUGCAAUUCUGGCAGCGUACCGGAAGACUGUCGACUCUUUUUUACUAAUUUGUUAGCUGAAGAAGGCAUUCAGGAUGAAACUGUGGUGCCAGACGUUAAUGACCCUGAAGAAGAGAACUUUUUUUCACAAUAAAUGGGACUUUUAAUGAAUUAGGCUCUGGGGCCGAUUUGUAGUUUGGGUGGAUACUAAAACGUAUGUCAAUGCUUAUUGCUGCUCCCACUUGUUCUGACAGAAGCCGCCAAAAGAAAAUAUCAACCCAUACCUGGCUAUGCCAACCGGCAUAGACUCCUACGGCCUGGACACAGCUCAAAUUAAACCGAAAAGCUUCACAUAACCUCAUACCAAAUUAGUGUAGACA